GUGAGGGACAAUUGGGUUUUGGAAGAGUCUUUUGAUUGUGUCUAAUUUGCUAAUUGGUUUUAAUUGUUUAUAAGAAUAUGUAAAUUAAUCUUCUAGGUUAAGGUGGUUGAGGUCAGGUGGUUUGUGAUUCAAUGUCGAUUGCUGAGCUUGUCGCAUCUCUGUCAACCAAUCCUUAUUUUGGUGCGGGUUUUGGUUUGGUCGGUGUCGGUUCUGGAUUGGCCAUUUUACGGAAAUUGACCAUUAUUUCAACUCAAAUUUUCCAGAGACAUUAUCUCAUGAGUUUAGAGGUUCCUUGUCGUGAUAAAUCAUAUGAUUGGCUUUUGUUGUGGAUCAAUCGGAAUACCUCAAAAGCUCAACAUUUAUCUGUUGAGACGACUUUCAAUCAAACCGAAAGUGGUAAAAUCGAAACUAAAUUUGACUUUGUUCCAUCGGUGGGUCAACAUUAUUUCUGGUAUAGAGGUAAAUUAAUAUUCCUUGAAAGGUCAAGAGAUCAAAUGUUAAAUUUAAACACUGGUGUUCCCUGGGAAAGUGUCAAAUUAACCACUCUUGGUAGAGAUCGAAGACUUUAUUUUGAUAUUCUUGAUGAAGCAAGGAGAGAUGCUCUAUCAUCUUAUGAAGGAAAAACCCUCAUGUACACCGCCAUGGGCCAUGAAUGGCGUGAAUUUGGUAAUCCAAGGAAAAGGCGAUCUCUUUCAUCGGUCAUUUUGGAUUCUGGUAUUUCCACCAAGAUUACAUCCGAUGUCAAGGAAUUUAUCAACACUGCCGAUUGGUACUCAGAGCGAGGAAUACCUUAUAGAAGAGGCUAUUUACUCUAUGGUCCUCCAGGUUGUGGUAAAACCAGUUUCAUUACCGCUUUGGCCGGAGAAUUGGAAUUCAGUAUUUGCUGUUUAAAUCUAAGUGAAAGAGGAUUAACUGACGAUAGAUUAAACUACCUGAUGAAUGUCACCCCUUCUCAAUCAAUUGUACUUUUGGAAGAUGUUGACGCGGCCUUUGUUUCCCGUGAGGAGCGGAAAGAGACUCAACUUGCCUAUGAAGGAUCAAGUCGCCUAACUUUCAGUGGACUAUUGAAUAUGUUGGACGGUGUGGCCUCAGCUGAAGCUAGAAUACUUUUUAUGACCACUAAUUAUAUUGAGAGAUUAGAUCCAGCGCUCAUUAGACCUGGAAGAGUUGAUUUCAAGCAAUUUAUUGGCUAUGCAAGUGAUCAACAAAUAAUCAAUUCUUUUGGUAAAUUUUAUCCUGAAAGUGAUCAAACAUCGGCAAUUGAAUUCAAAGAUAAACUAAGAUUAAGUCCAAAACCCGUUUCAAUGGCAUUUCUACAAGGAUAUUAUUUAUUAUACAAAAAUGAUCAUGAAAGUGCUUUAAAAAAUAUCAUCGAUCACAGAAACUCUUGAUUGUUUUUUGAUCUCAUUAGCUGAUUGAUUGAUUGUUUGAUUUUCAAGUUUGGUUUUGUUUAUUGUUAACAAUUUGUUAAAUCUGAUUUGAUGAUCAGGUGAGAAAUAAUUUACAGUCAUUUUUGAACAGUUUUUAGUGACAAUUAAAAAUAUUACUAUUAAAUAUAUUAAAUAUGUUA